ACUGAGGACGGCGGCUUUUUGUUCUCUCCACCUGCAUGGAGCCAUGUGGCCCUGAGGAGAAGCAGCCGAGGAGUUUUUAUUAUAUUUUAUAGGCCUCUUGUAAACUCUUAAAAUCGAUUAAAAUGGUCUGUAUGGUUCCUCCUACCUAAUACCUAAUUACUUAAAGCAUAAAAUUAAAAACACUAACAUGCAGAAAGGCGCAGGGGUCUUAUGUGUUAUCUAGUCUGUGAAUAGUAAUUUGUCAAGACGCUGGUCGUGUUUCUUGCAAACAGCGACUGAAGACGCUGUCGAACCAACGGCUACUGGAUCUACUUUUGUCUCUACACUGAAGCCAGACCAGAGCUCAGGCGGAAGGUCACUGGCUUCCACACCAUCACCUCUUUGUUGUCUCCCACCUCCACUUUACAACAGGACCAUAGCUUGGCAAGACCGUGAGGCGUCACGUGACUCUGCAUCUGCUCUCAAUUGUGACAACAGAGGGAGAUGAGGAGGAGCUUGGUGCUAUAAGAUUCACUCACGCACCCUCAGCACCAAAACUUGCAGUAUAUCCAUCCAUCCUCAUCUGUCUCUAGCGCACUUGCUUUUGUGAGCAUCCGUUCCCGUGUUUUCCCCGUUGGAAGGUGCACAGGUGCAUCCCCACGGCUAGUACUCGCUCUCUGCUGAGUUGAUUAUGGUCACAACCCCCGCGGUGUCAAGGUGGAGCCACCGCGUGUAUCUCGGAUCGGUGCGCUUCUCCAGGGGCUGGGAUGCGCACCGGGCACCUCUCGCUUCCUGCCUAGUUUUGGGUCUGAGCAGGAGUCAAGCGCUGCCCCAGGGCGGCGAGGCAGGAGGACCCAGUCGACCCGGAGCAGGAUGCCGGUGAUGAGAGGGCUGCUGGCCCCACAAAACACCUUCCUGGACACCAUUGCCACACGCUUCGAUGGCACCCACAGCAACUUUGUUCUGGGGAAUGCCCAGGUGCAGUCGCUCUACCCCAUCGUCUACUGCUCUGACGGUUUCUGCGAGCUCACUGGUUAUGCCCGCGCCGAGCUCAUGCAGAAGAGCUGUGCGUGUCACUUCCUGUACGGCCCCGAAACAAGUGACAGGUUGACUGCUCAGAUCCAAGGAGCCCUGGAUGAGAGGAGGGAGUUCAAGACCGAGUUGAUCUUUUACAAAAAGGAAGGCACACAGUUCUGGUGUCUUCUGGACAUUGUGCCCAUUAAAAAUGAGAAGGGGGAAGUAGUUCUGUUCCUGGUGUCCCACAAAGACAUCACUGACAAGAAGAAGGAGCAGGACCCUGAGCAAGGACCUGACACAGAUGAGGAGACAGGUCUGGAGGUGCAUCGGGUAGCCCGCCCUCCGGGCUUCAACACCAACCGGCGCCGCAGCAGAGCUGUGCUCUAUCAGCUGUCAGGACACCUGCAGAAACAGGACAAGAGCAAGCUCAAGCUCAACAAUAACAUGUUUGGGGAGAAGCCACCGAUCCCGGAGUACAAGGUAGCAGCCAUUCAGAAAUCUCGCUUCAUCCUCCUCCACUAUGGUACCUUCAAGGCCGGCUGGGACUGGCUGAUCCUGCUGGCGACCUUCUACGUGGCCGUCACCGUUCCCUACAACGUGUGCUUCACAGUGGUGGGAGGCCGGGACGAAGGCAUUGGCAGCGCCUCUCGAAGCCCGCCCAGCGUCAGUGACAUCCUAGUCGAGAUCCUGUUUAUUUUAGACAUUGUGCUGAACUUUCGAACCACUUUUGUAAGCACGUCCGGUCAGGUAGUGUAUGAUGCCCGCUCCAUCUGCGUUCACUACGUCACCACCUGGCUCUUUGUCGAUCUCAUUGCCGCCCUGCCCUUUGACCUGCUGUAUGCUUUCAACAUCAGCGUGUACUUUGGGGUCCACCUGUUGAAGACGGUUCGGCUGCUCCGGCUGCUGCGGCUGCUGCAGAAGUUGGAGCGCUACUCCCAGUACAGCGCUGUGGUCCUGACUCUGCUCAUGUCCAUGUUCGCCCUGCUGGCCCACUGGAUGGCCUGUGUCUGGUACUUCUUAGGCCGCAGGGAGCUCGAAAGUCCUGGCUCCUGGGAUAUUGGUUGGCUCCAUGAGCUGGCCAAGCGUCUGGGUACCCCCUACUUCCCAUCCCCCCUGACAACGUUGGUCCCUGCCACAGUCAGCGUCCCAGCAAACAGCAGCCAGUGGAACAUGUCAGGGUCAGAGGUCACAGGGCAGAGCUCCUGGAACUCCAGCCAGUAUUACAGAAACAUGUCGGGGGGAGAGGCAGCAUCAGGGACGGGCACUGGGGGUGGGAGCGUUGGGAUGCUGGGCGGCGGCCCCUCGAUGCGUAGCAGCUACGUGACGUCUCUCUACUUUGCUCUGAGCAGUCUCACCAGUGUGGGGUUUGGAAACGUGUCAGCCAACACGGACUCUGAGAAGAUCUUCUCCAUCUGCACCAUGCUCAUAGGAGCACUGAUGCAUGCAGUGGUGUUUGGCAACGUGACAGCCAUCAUUCAGAGGAUGUACUCGCGGCGCUCACUCUACCACACCCGCACCAAGGACCUGAAGGACUUCAUCAGGGUUCACCGGCUGCCCAAGACCCUGGAGCAGCGCAUGCUAGAGUGUUUCCAGACUACCUGGUCGGUCAACAACGGGAUCGAUGUCAGUGAGCUGCUGAAGGACUUCCCAGACGAGCUCAGGGCUGAUAUCGCCAUGCACCUGAACAAGGAGCUGCUUCAGCUGCCCCUGUUCGAGUCAGCCAGCAGGGGCUGCCUGCGCUCCCUCUCUCUCAUCAUCAAGACCUCCUUCUGCGCUCCAGGCGAGUUCCUCAUCCGGCAGGGAGACGCCUUGCAGGCCAUCUACUUUGUCUGCUCGGGGUCCAUGGAGGUGCUGAAAGACAACACUGUGCUGGCCAUACUGGGUAAAGGAGAUCUGAUUGGCUCGGACUCCCUGACCAAGGAGCAGGUGAUCAAGACCAAUGCCAACGUCAAGGCCCUGACCUACUGUGACCUGCAGUACAUCAGCCUCAAGGGCCUCCGCGAGGUCCUCCGACUCUAUCCCGAGUAUGCCCAGAAGUUUAUCAGUGAGAUACAACAUGACCUCACGUACAACCUGCGAGAAGGCCACGGGGCUGAUGUGGACUGGGAAAGCAAUGGCGGUUUGAUGAAGAAGCUGCCAUCGAUCCGUGAGGAUGAGGAGGGUGAUGAGGAGCAGAACUCGGUGUCUCAUGCCUCUCGCUCUCCGCUGCGUCUCACUAGGGGGCUCAGCUCACCCCUGCGCUCCCCUCUCCUGCCACCCAGGCCUUUCCGUGCUCCCACUGAGCAUUCUCGCCCCAUCACCCUGCAGAUCCCGGUGGUCAGCUUCAGCAGUGCGCCUCCUGAACUCAGCCCCAGGUUUGUGGAUGGAAUUGAAACGGAGAGCAAUUCCACCUCAUCACAGAAGUUUGAGUUCAGCCCCAGCCCGUCACCUGGAGCCCCGCCCUCCGUGUGCACAGGGAUCAGGGAUCAUUCUGAGAUCAAGCAGUGUGUGUCUAAACUGACUGAGGAGAUGAACUGUCUCUCUAAACAAGUCUCCCAGCUCAGUCACGAGCUGCAGGAAAUGACACACCUGCUCAAGCCUUUCCUCCAAACAGCACCACAGCCAAUCCUGAUGAGCAUGAUGCCAAAUUUAACCCCGCCUCCUAGCUGUGCCAGCCAGCAGUCCACCAGCACCUGUCUCCCAGUGCCACCCCCAACUCCCCCUUGUUUCUUCCAGAGACCUGACACUCACUCCCUGUUGGACACUGGAGACACAGAGGGUAUGGAUCUACCAGGAUGCCUUCUCCCAACAGCUCAUUCACAAAAAAGGCCUGAUUUGUCUCCGUCACCAUCGCCACAGCCCCCACCGAAACCCCCAGAGGACAACAUUAAGCUCCCCGUUAACUUCGACCUCCCCUCGCCCAAAGAAGUAGUACUUCCAGAGGGAUCCCCUGUCCCCCAGAGCCUCCAUGCUUCUUCUGCAACCACCAGCCCCACUCUGUGCCUCAUGUCACAGAGGUAA